GCAGGAAGCGUCCCCGGGAGCUGAGCCGCCCGUCCCGCAGGGCCGUAGGAGCGGGGACAGCGCUGCCUCCAGGCCGACGCUCCCCGGGAUCAGCGGGAGUUGUGGGGACGGGAGAGGGGCCGAGGGGAGCAGGGUGUCCCCCUCGUUCUCGCACUGGGUCUGCGGAUGUCCCGCGGGGGCCGGGCCGGCGGCUCUGUGGGACCUCGCCGGAGCGUCGCCGCUGGAGCCUCUCGGCAGUGACGGCGCUCGAAGCCCCACGUCUCCUGCCGCUGCCCCAGCUGCGCUCCGGAGAGUCGGCGCUCACCAGGGAAGCAAUGUUCUAAGAAUGUCAUCACGUAUCCAAAUAAAACCAAAGACUGCAGCACAGAAAAGCAAGACAUCCUCUCCUUUACCAUGUUCUCCAGAACCUGCUAUUAAACCACAGCCAAAGCCUAGUGACAAGCUGAAUCCUAAAACUAUCGAUCCGUUUGGUGCUUAUUCUCGACCAACAUCUGCAUUUGCUGCUACAUAUGCUAAAGGAGGCAUUCCGUGCAGGUUAGUGCAUGGGUCAGUAAAGCACAAACUGCAAUGGGAAUGCCUUCCUGAAACUGUUCCCUUUGAUCCUCUCCUUGUAACAUUGGCAGAGGGACUAAGAGAGACAAAACAUCCCUAUACAUUUGUUUCAAAGGAGGGCUUUAGAGAAUUACUUCUGGUUGAAGGUGCUACUGAAAAAGCAAUUCCCUUGUUGCCUCGUCUAGUUCCAGUCUUAAAGGCUACACUGGCCCAUGCGGAUGAUGAAGUAUUUGGAAGGGGAUUGGAUGCUUUAGUUCAGCUGAGUGCUGUUGUUGGCCCAUCUCUUAAUGAUCAUCUUAAACAUCUACUCACAAAUCUUUCAAGGAGAUUAAUGGACAAGAAAUUUAGAGAAAAAGUUACUGUUACUUUACAAAAGUUGGAGCAAUAUGGUGGAAAGCCAACUGUGGCUAUCAUCAAAUCGAAAAUUCCAACCUAUUGUUCUAUCUCCCCUUGAACAAGAAAUCUAUAGUGAUUUGUACUGUAAGGUGAAGUUUGGAAAGAAGCUGCCUUUGAACAUCACUGACACUUAUUUGGGGUAUGACAUAUUCUCUUAAAACAAUCACAAUUCUUCACUAUGAUGGAGAGUGGGAGUCUUAUCAGUUUGAGAAUAUGUAAUUACAGAAGACUUCUCUCUAUAUUUGCAUAUGCCUUGUGCUUAUGAUGACAUUGAUUAACCUGCUGUUAUUUCAAAAGCAGAGUAAAUAUUGAUUCUUAUUUUGUUGUAAACUACAAUUUCAUUUAAAAUAUCUGCAGUGCUUAAUAUGUUUUGUAUAUUUGUGUGAUGCAAAAUAAUUUGGCAGUAAUUACUUAAAUAGUAACCAACUUGGUGUUAAAUGACAUAUUUAUACCUGCUUUUGAAACAUAUGACUUAUUUUGUGACAGGCACAGAUGGAUGCAUUUCGGUUCAUUGGGACUAGGUUAGACAUAGAACUCUGAGCACUCAUAGACUUCUUCAGAGUCAGCUUUUCAAGGUGUGAAGUUGAACACACCAAACAAGGAGCAUAUGGUGCAAAGCUGAACUUGCUCAGUGCAUUCUCAGCACAUUGUUUUGAAAUGCUGGGAAGGCUCGGAGAAUACAGUGCAAAGGUAUCAGGUUGCUCCACAGAUCCACAGCCUAGGGUUUGCUCAGCUAAUUAGUUCCAGUUAGCUUUGGGCCUGCUGAAUGGGAGCUGGAUGUAGGAGGCAACUUUGGAGUAUUUACACCGUGCUCCCUCUGCACCGAGUUCAGGAAUGUCACAGAUAUGCUUGGCACUAGCUUGUGAAUUCCAGUCUAGACAAGUUAAUAAACUUCUGAACAUGGAAGCUAUAAAAAAAUAGGAGUUGAAAACAACAAAAGCAUUUCAGACACCAGCUUACCUCUCUGUCAAGCCUUCUACGUUGCAGCAUUUGCUCAUGAUCGUAUUUGAACUUGACUGCAAAAUAAUUCCAUAAUGUUGGAAGGGAGGGGUAUUUUUGUCAUCAGAAGAUACUGAUGCGUGGAGUAUUAAAAAGUCUGUCACAUGAAAGCAAUUUCAUCUUUUUUUUGAAAAUUACUACUGCUUGACUAAGUUAAAUUUACCUCAGGACUGUGGUAUGAUUGCUGCUGAGAUAAGAACUGUGCUAAGUCAAGAUAAAUAUAUUUAGACUUUUUUUUUUUUUUAAUUGUAUUUCUUCAGUUAACAAUUUUGCCAACAAGUAUUUAACAACUCAAAAAAACUGAUCAUGGUCCUUUUUUUUCUUCAUGUUUACUUUAUUUUUUUUUUACAAAAUGUGCACAUUUAGUUUACACAAACACGCUACAGCAGAUUUCAGGUGUACAUGUAUUGUACUACUCUUAUCCUACACUGGUGAUAGCAGAGCAGCCUUCAACAUGCCUCUAACAUCCCAUCUCUACACCAGAAUAGAUACCUGAUUUGUUUUUACAAAAGAAUGCUUGCAACGUUCUUUCUACUUCAUUAAUUCACAUUUUCUGCAGCAAUGUCACAAUGAAGGUUGGCCUACCUCUGAUAGCAUUUCACCUAUUUUAAAAUAUUGGCAUAAACUCUGUGGACAAUAUAUCUUAAAAAUUACAUGGAUGGAGGGGCAUUGUUAUAUUUUAGGUGCAUACUUUUUUAGAAAAAUCUUUCUAAGUUCAGAAUAAAUAGCUCCAAUCUUAAUGAAGAAAUGAUCCUAAAAAAAUGUAAUGCAUUUAUCACAUAUAGAUGAUAUAUAGCUGAAGUUUCCAUUUUUUCCUGAUUCUGUCUCAUAGUUACAGAUAUUACAAAAAGCUGAAAUAGAUGUUAGCCUGACUAGCAGUCAUUAUUAGUAGAUGUUACUACAUAGGGAUAUUCAUUCUCAGCACUGAAGUGGGAUGGAAGUUUCAAAGGAAGUUCAUGCCUUUUUAUUUGUUAAAGGCAAAAAGACACGUACUUAUGAAAACAGUGUUAGGAUCCAGUUAAGCUUUCUUCAUGAAAAAUUAGAAGUCAGAAGAUCCUUAAUUUUAAGCUAAGAACUUUGCAGACACAUCCAAGAAGAAUUAGAAAUACAGUAUGUAGGACGCCUGGUAUUCCUGUCGUGAUAGAUUUACUAGGUAAGUGUGAUUGAUAGAAGCUUACUCAUAUUUUUGAGGGAAUAAACCUACCUAUAAGCAGUUUGGGUUUUUGUUCUAGAACAGUUCUUCCUCUCAAGUUAUCAGUUUUGUUAGGUUUGGGGUUUUUUUCUUUGGAAGAGAAAAGCAAGUCGAAGGUGGAAGGCAAUUGCAGCAAGAUGUGCAUUGCACACUGAUUAUAGCAUUAACUCUAAGUGUUAUUCAAAAAUGAGGACUACAUCAUAGAAAUGGGAAAAGAAAAUACAUGGUAAUGCCUCUGUAUAAAUUAGAAGCUAAGAUUUAAGAAAUACACUUGAAUACCUGGAGUUUAAUCCAGUAAAAAUGAGUAGCAAAACUAAGAGUAUAUUUUUAUUCUCCUUGUGAUUGUAUCUGUUUUAACUAGGGUUUGGAAUGAUAAUAAAGCUGCAUACUGUCAGUUCUUUGUUUGAAUUUGGAGUAAAAACUUGAUUUUUCAGUACAAUCUUGUUAACUAAGUAGCCUCUGUUGAAGAGCUAAAUUUUAUAAUUUUGAAAGAAUUUUUUAUUGGGAAGAGUUUAUAAUAAAAAAUUUACUUGCAUAAUCCAUGUCUCAGUGUAAAGCUGAGUAACUUUAUUUAUGAUAAAGUGGGAAAUCCAUCUUUUAGAUAAUGUUGCCGAAUAGCUCAUAUUUGUCCAUUAGUUGUAGACCUAAUGUCUUCAUUAAAUCACAUUUUCAAAGAGCUGCAUGGAUCGCAUUAUAUUCUCAUCCUGUAAAAAAAGACAAUACAAAACCAAAAAUCAUACACCAUUACAAAUGUAGCUGGCCAAUAUCUAUAGUGCCAUGGUGUAGAACUAACUGUAUUUUAGUUAAUUACAAUAUUUUCUUUCAGCUUGUUUAGAGAAAUUGUUAG